CGCCGGCCGAAAUUUCCAAUUGGCGCGUUAACCUUAUCAUCGCGGUGUCACGCACACAUUAUGACGUAGACGGAGAUUGUAUCGUAGUCAAGAGCUUAAUAUGAUGAGCAAGCUUAGAUUGGGGUCAGAGUAUAUUCCAUUAACGGAGGACGACAUGUCGAAGGCUCGUCUCGUCGUGCCGUUCUCCCGAGUGGCAUGGUUCACAGUCUUCCUGCCCUUCCUGGCAUUCGUCUUCUGCGUCGCCUGGUCGAUCCUAUACAACUUCGAGCAUUCCACCUCCACUCAUUGCCAGGUGUACAAUUUUUUACCGUCUGUCUCGGCGGCCAUAGGUCACUAUAGACCUCAGAGAGAUGUCUGGAAAACCUCUAUAGCAUUGCAAGCGAUAGUGAGAACCUUGGUGUUCAUGUUGUACUAUCGUUACUACAAGGAGUACGUUUACAAGUGGGCGCAGUAUCUGAGUAAUAUUGCGCUUGUUAUGUACGCCAUUGAGAAUACCUCUCUGGUGACACUGAGUUUUUGGACUUCCGAUGAGAAUUAUGCGUUCCACAAGAUGUCUUUUAUAACUUUUUUGAUAACGUCAUUUAUACACAUGUUUGUAGCAUAUUAUAUUAUGAAGAGCUGCCUGAAUGUCGCAAAAGGCUUAAACGAUGCUUCCUUAAAGUGGAAACGGAGAUCAAUGAUGUUGAAUGUGUUAUCUAUAUUAGUAGCAUGUUAUUUCUUUUAUAGACAUAAUAAAUAUUGUGAACCUUUAGUGUAUUCAAUGUUCGCUCUGAGCGAGUAUGGAGUUGUGCUCUCAAACAUGGGGUACCAUUUGACAGCUGCAUUGGACUUUGCUACCACGCGUCUCAUGAUAUCAGGAAACAGAUUUAGAAUUAUCUAAUUUUUUUUAAUUACAAUUUUACGUGCGCGUAUGUAAUUGUUGCAUAUAUUUCAACUUUAUUGUAUAUUAAUGUACAUAUUAUUCGUUUCUGAAAUCUUUAUGUAUUAUAUAUCCUUAUAUUAGUAAAUAAUUUUAUUAAUAUUAAUAGAUAAUUUAUACAAAAAUAUAAAUUAUAGCUUCUGGCAUGGACGUAUUACAGAUAUUAAUGGCAGAUGUAUUUAUUCGUAGCAGUAUAUUUUUUCAAAGGCACUUUAAUUUAAAAAUUAAGUGCAUAGAAUUUUGUAUAAAAUAAUCCUCUUUUUUCCAUUAUCUUGUCGCAAAUUAUUUCACGUUAUUAUAACAAAAUAUUAAUGUAUAUAAAUCGAUAUAAUAUACAAAUAUCUAUUUUUCGAGAUAAUAAAUGGCUCAAUACAAAAAUUA